CCUACUCGUUUUCCCCAAAUUUCAAAACACGCCUAUUAAUCCUACACCGUCGGAUCAUACACCGUUCUCCUCAUCACUGCCGUCCGAUCACUCACACGUGCCGCAAACAACCUCUUUACCUCUUCCCUCUCCUAAAACAUAAGACGUAAAACUCAAAACUUCUCCAGCUCCCAUAUCAAAGCUAGGGUUCUAUUCGGCCGUCAAAUUUCACAGCGGCAGUGGAGAAAAAAGUAUGGAGAAAGAGCUAAUUGAGCUGUUCGAGACGGUAAAACGAGCCGCCGAUGCAGCUUCUGUAGACGGCGGUGCAGAUUCGUCGCCGGAGGAGAGUAGGUGCAUUGACGUCUUGAAGCAGCUUAAGAAGUUCCCUGUCAAUUAUCAAGUCCUCGUAUCUACACAGGUGGGUAAACGUCUUCGACAAUUGACAAAACAUCCGAGGGAGAAGAUCCAGGCUUUGGCAUCUGAUGUGGUUCAGAACUGGAAGAAUAUAAUCGUAAGAGAAACUUUGAAAAAUAAGAACAGCAAUGGAGUAAAUGGGGAAUCUGUAAAAGAUGAAUGUCCCGGUGCUACUGCUAAUGAAGCCACUAAAUCUCAGAUAGCCAAUUUGGUGAAGGUUGAAAAAGUGUCAAAGGUUGAUAAUGUAAAAGUUGAGAGGAUGACCUCAAAAUCUGAUAAAGCAGUGAAGUCAGAAAGUUCGUUUACAGUUAAUGUUGUGAAGACUGAAAAGAGUACUGCUUCUGAUAGUGUAAAAGUUGAGAAGAUAUCAAAAGAUGGGAAAUUGAGCUCUAAUGUGGCAAGUGUUGCUCCGCCAAAGUUGGGCGCUCUAAUUUAUUGCAAGGACUCUGUGAGGGACAAAGUUCGGGAACUCCUUGCAGAGGCUUUGUGCAAAGUCUCAGGCGAAGUAGAUGACGAUUUGAGGGUUGAGGUAAAUGCAUGUGAUCCGAAUAGAGUUGCAGUUCAAGUGGAGACUGCAAUGUUUGAGAAGUGGGGUAGAUCUAAUGGUGCCCAGAAGUUCAAGUAUAGGUCUAUAAUGUUCAAUAUCAAGGAUCCAAACAAUCCAGAUUUCCGGAGAAAAGUCCUUAUAGGACAGAUUCCUCCUCGUAGUAUUACUGAACUGACGCCAGAAGAAAUGGCAAGCAAAGAAAGGCAAAAGCAGAAUGAGAAAAUUAAAGAGAAAGCGUUAUUCAAUAGUGAACGUGGACUUCCUGCACAAGCUAGUACUGAUAAGUUCAAGUGUGGUAGGUGUAGAAAGAAUCAGUGCACCUACUAUCAGAUGCAAACUCGGAGUGCGGAUGAACCUAUGACCACAUAUGUUACAUGUGUGAACUGCCAAAAUCGCUGGAAGUUCUGUUAAAUUUGAGCCAGUAUCCAUUUAUCCCUUAAUGGCAUCACAUAGUAAGCUUAGCGCCUUGUCUUAACCUUGAUGUAGUUCCUAGUUCAUUUUUUCAUUUUCUCCUUAGAGGCAAUCUCAUUAUGCCCGCAUAUGAUCGCUGAGGUAGUUUAUUGUGCGAGAUGUUAUGACAUUGUAUUUUUUUCUCAUUUCUAGGCUAAAAAAUUACUCUACAGAAAAUGCAGCUGUAUUGGAAAGAAAUAAUAUAAAUAGAAGAUGCAUUUGUGAGUCAGUUGAAUUUCCUGCAAA